AGGUCCUGCAUCUCCGCACUUCCCUUCGAUCCCCUGUAAUCAGUCCGUGGCUGGCCGGGGGGGGCGUGGCUUGCGGCGGCCCUGCACUGCGACAACGCGCUCCGCCUGUGACUUAGGUGAGCUUCUCCCUAAACUUACCCCAUCUAUUUUGUCAGUUUUCUCGGACCUGCGCAACCGAACCCGAUCGGAACCACUUGGGUUUCAACGUCGGGCCCGGCCCCAGUCGCGCGAUGCCGGCAGUGCGCUACCCGCGGCCGGCUUCACGCCCCGAUUCGAGUG